AUGGCAAUCAACCCAGUCUCUAUUCCUCCAGAGGAAGUACGCAAGGCCAUUGACGCUGCUUUGGAAAAAGUCGCAAAAGGCCUCCGUGGGCUUAAUCAAUAUAUCUGGUCCAAUCCCGAACUCGCCUACGAAGAACACAAAGCCCACGAUUCAAUCUGCAACUUUCUUGAAGAACAGGGCUUCUCUGUUACCCGGCACGCCUACGGUCUCGAUACCUCAUUCGAGUGUAUCAGCGGAACUGAAGGACGACUUGUCAACUUCAAUGCAGAGUAUGACGCUCUUCCAGGCAUUGGGCACGCAUGUGGCCACAACCUUAUUGCAACGGCCAGUAUAACCGCAUUCUUGGCGCUGGCGCAUCUGCAGAAGGAAUAUAAUAUUGGUUGUCGCGUUCAGCUGCUUGGAACGCCGGCUGAGGAGAAUGGUGGUGGGAAGGCGAAAUUGCUAGAUGCGGGCGCAUAUAAAGAAGUCGAUGUUUCUCUCAUGGCUCACGGAGGUCCAAAGAACAUCAUCGGGAGACCCUCCGAUGGUGUCGCGGGUAUUCUCAUGAACGCACGAAAGGAGCUGUACUUGGAAUAUUUUGGCAAGAAUGCGCACGCAGGCGGGAAUCCUUGGGAGGGCGUGAAUGCACUCGAUGCAUUGGUGAUGACCUAUAAUGGUAUCUCCGUUCUAAGGCAACAGAUCAUGCCGGAUGAGCGGAUUCACGGUGCCUUCUUGGAUGUGCCAAAGGUUGCGAAUAUUAUUCCCGCGUACACCAAGUCGUAUUGGCAGAUUCGAAGCCCGAGUCUAGAGGGUUUGGAUAAACUUAUUGCGCGGGUGAGAAAAUGCGCUGAGGGUUCUGCUGUUUCUACUGGAUGUGAGGUUAAGAUUGAGGAGAAGGAAUUGUAUACCGAUAUUGUCCUGAAUGAUACCCUCUGCGAGCGAUAUGCCUUACAUAUGGAGGAGUUGGGCAGAACGUGUGUGAAGAAAUAUGAGAAGGUCUUGACUGGUUCUACUGAUGCCGGAAAUGUCAGCUAUGCUGUCCCCACUCUUCACUCGAUGUUCGGCAUCCCGGCUCCAGAAGGUUCUUACCCCCAUCACCCGUCUUUCACUGCCAGUGCUGGAACCGACGAGGCGCAUGAGGAGGCUGUUGUUACUGGUAAAGGCUUGGCUUUGCUUGGGUGGGAUAUGCUGACCAAUGAUGAGCUUUUCACUGCUGCGAAAUCUCAGUGGGAGGGACAAGUACCGAUUGCUGAGAAGUAG